AAAAAGUCAAGGCCGGCCCCGCGCUGCCUAGGCACCUAAUUCACUUGCAUCAAAAUGCUUGCGUUAGUUGCGUAUAGCACUCGCAUCAAAACAGUUAUGCAUGCUCUAUAAAUGGAAAGGGAGAGAGGAGGGGCACUGCAUGUAUUCUAACACAAACCCCUUACCCAGCCCAGCAAGUUAAGUACUAGCCAUGAGGAGGGGUACUGCAGAGAAACCAUGCGUUCUAUUGUUCUUCUUCUUCCUUGCCAUUUCCUCUCAUGCAGCUCGCAACUCGAAAAAAGCGAUCGGUUCCAUGAAGCCAUGCAAGCGUCUGGUGCUCUACUACCAAGAAACCAUGUUUAAGGGCAACAAUGUCGGCAACGCCACCGCGGCCACCAUCGCUAACACCAACGGGACCGGACUCGGGCCCUUCAAGUUUGGUAAGACGGUGGUGUUCGACGAUCCGAUAACGGCAGACAAGCAAUACCUCUCUCCUCCGGUGGCUCGAGCUCAAGGGUUCUAUUUCUACGACAUGAAGACCACAUACAACGCUUGGUUUGCUUACUCUUUGGUGUUCAACUCAACUAAGUACAAGGGCACAUUGAACAUCAUGGGCGCAGACAUGAUGGACGAAGCGACUCGGGAUCUCUCGGUUGUCGGUGGGACCGGAGAUUUCUUCAUGACGAGAGGAAUCGUGACGUUUCGAACCGACGAGGUCGAGGGUGUCGAUUACUUUAGGGUUGAGAUGGAUAUUAAGUUGUAUGAAUGUUACUAGCUAGCCAGGAGGAUUUAUUGCUGAGCACUGAAUAAGUUGUUGGAGCUUAUUACCUUCUUUUUUUUUUUUUACACGUUGGACAUGAAGUUAUUGUUUUGGAUGAGUGAAAAUGAAGUAUGCAUGAUGAUGAUGAUGAACCUUAA